CUGACUUUGCCAAAUUGUCAUCCCAUGAAAACAGGAAUAAAAUUUACAAAUCUAUAUGUUUCUCAGUGACCCAUUAGCUCAUUUUUUCUGGCAGUUUCAAGAAGCUCAGAUUCAAGGAAGGAAGGAAAGUUGAAAUAUUAAAGCUCUUUUUUUUUUUUUUUUGUCUUUCGGAGUAUGUUUGUUUAGGGUUUUGAAGGUCAGAUUUGAAGCUGCUGCUUCUUCUGUUUCUUACUGGUAAUGGAGUUGAACAAGCUUAUCAGGUUUUAUACUGAUGGGAAACGACAGAAAGAAACUCCAUGGGGAAACAAUGAUCGUUCAUUUCUUGAAAAGUCAUCUUCUGGGUACAAGAUUUCAUUUUCUUCAGUGCUGAAACCGGAGAAUGGGAUGGUCGGGGGAAGAAAUCGACUUCCUGACAUAGGAAAAGUUGGAAGGUCAAAGGUUUUUCCACAGGGCAAUUUACCAUGGUACAAGAAAAUUCUUGAUCCUGGCAGUGAGAUUGUGUUACAAUGGAACUGGGUUUUCAUUGUUUCGUGCUUGGUAGCACUUUUCAUUGACCCAUUGUAUUUUUAUUUGCCUGCUGUUGGAGGGGAUUUAAGCUCUUCAUGUGUAAAGACAGAUACAAACUUGCGGAUUGUUGUUACGUGUUUUCGAACUGUUGCUGAUAUUUUUUAUUUGUUUCACAUAAUUAUAAAGUUUAGAACAGGUUAUGUUGCACCAAACUCAACAACCAGAGUGUUUGGAAGGGGUGAACUUGUAAUGGACCCCAAGAAGACUGCUCAGAGGUAUCUUAGAUCUGACUUCUUCAUAGAUCUCAUUGCAACCCUACCUCUUCCUCAGAUAGUUAUCUGGUUUAUCAUUCCGGCAACAAGAAGUCCUCAAACUGAUCAUUACAACAAUGCCCUUGCACUAGUUGUUCUUCUUCAGUACAUUCCCAGAUUAUAUUUGAUUUUUCCAUUAAGUUCUCAAAUUAUUAAAGCAACUGGAGUUGUCACAAAGACUGCCUGGGCGGGUGCUGCCUACAAUCUUCUCUUGUAUAUGUUAGCUAGCCAUGUAUGUUAUCUUUAUAGCUUUAUUAUUAGCCUUUUUCUCUGCUUUUUUGUUUGUGUGUCCGUUUUGCUCUCUUUGACUGUGACUAGCUGGGUAUUCUUUAUUCAAUUUCCUCUCAUCCCUUCUGUCAGUUUUUACAAAAAAAGAUGCCUAUUUAUUCAGGUCAUAGGGGCGGCAUGGUAUCUGCUCUCUGUUGACAGGUAUACUUCAUGCUGGAAGAAAAUUUGCGGGAAGGAAUUUGCUCCUGUCAGAUGCAGUUUAUACUAUUUAGAUUGUGACACUUUUGGCCUUAAUGAUCGCAUGAUGUGGGCAAAUGGCACUGCUGUUUUCAGGAACUGUGAUCCAAGAAAUGAUAUUGAUUUCCAAUAUGGGAUAUUUGAAAGUGCAGUAAAAAAGAAUGUAACCUCGACGGGCUUUCUUGAGAAGUAUUUCUAUUGCUUAUGGUGGGGCCUACAGCAACUUAGUUCCUAUGGGCAGAAUUUGUCAACUAGCACAUUCAUUGGGGAGACAUUAUUUGCUAUACUUAUUGCUAUCUUGGGUCUUGUUCUAUUUGCCCACUUGAUUGGCAACAUGCAGACAUAUUUGCAAUCCCUAACAGUGAGACUUGAGGAGUGGAGACUUAAGCGAAGGGACACUGAGGAGUGGAUGACGCAUCGCCAACUCCCUGAAGAUUUAAGACAUCGUGUUAGACGUUUUGUUCAGUAUAAGUGGCUUGCAACUCGGGGAGUUAAUGAAGAAGCCAUCUUGCGUGGCUUACCUGCUGAUCUUCGUCGUGAUAUUCAACGCCACUUAUGCUUGGACCUUGUUCGACGUGUUCCCUUCUUCUCCCAGAUGGAUGAUCAGCUGCUUGAUGCAAUAUGUGAGCGACUAGUAUCGUCCUUGAGCACCGAAGGUACCUAUCUUGUUCGUGAGGGUGACCCUGUGACAGAGAUGCUCUUCAUUAUUAGAGGCAGAUUAGAGAGUUCUACUACUAAUGGUGGUCGAACUGGUUUCUUCAACUCAAUUGUGCUGAGACCUGGAGAUUUUUGUGGAGAGGAACUACUUGCAUGGGCUUUGCUACCAAAAUCCACCAUGAACUUGCCCUCUUCAACUAGGACAGUCAGAGCUUUAGUUGAGGUUGAAGCGUUCGCACUAUGUGCUGAAGAUCUCAAGUUUGUGGCCAACCAAUUUAGACGACUCCAUAGCAAGAAACUACAGCACACCUUCCGGUUUUACUCCCAUCAUUGGAGGACAUGGGCAGCCUGCUUCAUACAGGCUGCUUGGCGUCGGUACAAAAGGAGGAUGAUGGAAAACAAUCUGACCAUAACAGAAUCAUUUGCUUUGGAUGAAAAAGAGGAUGAUGAGUCUGGACAGGAGGAAGAGAAAAUGUUAACUGCCGUCUCCAAUCCUUCUCAGGCAAAACUGAACCUUGGAGUCACAAUAUGGGCAUCAAGGUUUGCGGCAAAUACUAGGAGAGGAGCUCAAAAGAUCAAAGAUGUUGAGAUGCCAAAAUUACAAAAACCAGAAGAACCUGAUUUUUCUACUGAGCCUGAUGGUUAGUGAUUGUUUGCAUUAUGUAAGAGUAUAUAUUUGCUAAGCUUCUCAGACAUUUUCAGUACAAUAAAAGGUGAGAACCACCUCAUAGUUAGGAUGUGAAAUUCCAGAUCUUGAACAGCUUUUGCAAGGUGCAAACCUUACUAAUCGGGUAUUGGAGGAGAAUGCAGGAGAAAGUUAUGUUGUUCAUUACUGUAUGUUAUUUAUUAUCAGAUAUGUGUGGUUUCAUCAAAUUCAAGCCGAGUCUAAUCCACGAGCCUUGGAAAAUACUGAGAUGUUAACAAAUUGGUUUGAUGUAAAGGGUUGGAGAUCAUUCUGAUUCUCCUAUAUGAAUUGACAAAAUAAUAUUUACUCAAAAAAUGCAACUGACUUAAUGAGUUUACAGGCAUUUGUCUAGAAAAUAUUCUCUCUUGAUUGGCCCAUCUAAAUAGAUUUAUUUAUUUAUAUCGAAUUUAAUGAAUUUAUAAAAAAUUAUUUUUCA